ACAAAUAUCUCUUUAAAACUCUUCUCUUCUUCUUUCUCUCUCUCACACUGUGUGUUCCAGUUUGGGCCAGUUUCUUGGUCUCUGCCACACUCACAUGCCAAUCCUUAAUAUCUUCAAAUCUCUAAGCUUGCUGAUCUGGGUACCCUAUACUUCUUCUUGUCCUUUAGAUCAUAGUUGCUGAUGGUUUAGAAAUCUUUUGUUUUCUUUUUGUGGCUCUCUAACUGUACAAAUCUACUGACCGAGGCAAAACCCACAUCGUUUCUGGUCAUUUCUGUGUCUGCUAUGACUUCUUUAAUGGAUUCAAAGUGUUGGGUUUCUUGUUGAAGAUGCAACAAACACUUUUUUUCUUAUAAGCAGAAAUCUUCUAUUGCAUGAACUUUUCUUCCGUGGAGUUUUGAGAUAUGGGAAGAGGUAGAGGAAAGGGAAAGAGGUUAACUGUCACCAAUCAUGAUGAUCCUGGGAGUGGUGAGGAAGAGAAAAUACCUGCACAAAAGAGAAGAGGAAGGCCAUUAAAGCCUUUAAAGGAUGAAAUUGAUGAUGAAGAAAUAGAAAAGGUAGAACCAGAUGAUAUGGAGAAUGCAAAGGCUGUCAUCUCAAGCAAAGAGAUAAAAAGCCCCUCUGCAAUAGAGAAUGGAAAGAAGAGGAAACGAAACUCACAGGCCAAGGAGAAGUCUGAUUCAGUGAAGGAAGAAAAUGGUAAUGGAACACGAUCAAGUACAGAUGACUCAACUAAAUCUAAUGGAUUUCGGCAUAAUGGGAGCAGGCGGAAAAAUAAACCCCGUCGAGCUGCUGAAGCGGGGGUUGAAUGCAAGUGAGGGUGUGAUCACGUAUUGCGCUGGUUUCUUGUUUUCCAUAUUGCCAGAGCAAUCACGGACAAGAUGUGAGACCUAGUAAACCUCUAGUUUUUCUUCUUUUUCUGGCUAAUCGUUCUUUCUUAAUUUCAUUCCUGAUUCGUUUUUCAUUUAUUUGUGAAUUCGGAAUGCAUUCUGAUGGAUGUUUCCUUAAAUGCUCUGAUACUUUAUAUUUUGACUAUUUGAUUUCUUUGUCUUGUCCUGUAUAAUUCCCAGAAGAUAUUUAAGCAGUUUCAGUC